CUCGGGGCGCCCCUCCCGGCCGCGGCGGAGCGGGGCGGGCCCUGCCGGAGCCCCGCCGAGCCGAGCCGAGCCGAGCGCAGCGGCUGGCGCGGGCGGGCGGGACCGCAGCCGCCGCCGCCUCCUCCGUAACCGCUGCCUGCGCCAACGCGGCCCGCGGCGGCGCCCGCCAUGGGGCUCUGCCUGCCCUGCAUGGGCGGCGCCGUCAAGGACGUGGUGGAGACGCCCGACCCGGUGAGUGAAAUAAAAAGAAGACAGCUAGCAGAAGCUGCUGAAAAGAGACAGAUGGAGGCUUCCUCUCGUGGUAUUAAGAAUGCUUAUUCUGUAGAGCAAAAGAAAAAGAAGCAAGAAGAAAUAGAAAAAAGAAUGGCAGCUUCAGGUUCUGGAGGAGAAGGAGGAGGACUGAGAUGGCAGGUUGGGUAAAGAGUAUGACUUCUGAAGAGAAGAGGAUUGCUGUUUACUGCCAAUAACUUGCCAGUUUCUACAGCUGAGUGGCACUUAUUCACGUGGCUUUUGCUGUUUGCAUACGAAGACUCAGCAGUACUUUGCCAUUGUAGGAGGGCAGAUGGUGGAAACGUAUACUAAGAAAGUUAAGGACACAAGCUUCUGAACAUGGAAUUCUGGCCAAUUUUUGUUUCUCGUUUUGUGUGCAUGUUUUAUUGCUUCCCUGGCAAGGGAGCGAGAUAAGCAUUCUCACACAUAAGUGAUCUUCUUACCCAUAGUCAGUCAGUGUAUGCUGUCUUGUCAGUUAAUGUAUGUCUGUUUAUCUAUAACCAGCUUAGGCAUGGUUCAGGUGACCGCUUGUUUUUGACAUUUGUUUCAAGCUGUGCAGUUAAAACUUUUCUCUGUCCUCAUAUAGAAAGUUGUUCUUAACUAUAUAUUCAAAAAUAUGGAUGACAGCAUUUCUCUUCAGUUCCGUAAUGAUUUUUGAACUGCUUAUGGAUUUAGUGCCUUUUUUAAAAGAAAGGAGACUGAUGAUGGCCAUUAGAAAUGGAAGCAUUUUGUGACACUAUUUAGUAAGAAUAGCAUCCUUUAUAAACCCUGUAUACUUAUACUGAGAAAACUGUUUUAUUGAGUCUAACUAUUGUUCUCAUUUUCAGAUGUGAAUUUCUUUUGAGCCUCUAAGUAUUUAUAGUGUAUACUGGAAGUUAAACAUGAAAUUAGAAAUGCUCUUUAUUAGUUGUUCUCCUUUGUAACACAGGAGGGCAGUGCUGCACUCUUAAGGGUUUUGAAAAAACAGAGCAAAAGACCUAUUACAUCAUCUCUUGGAUGGCUGAUUUCCUAAAGUUUCUGUACUAUCUGGGUGGGUUUGUUACAGUGCAGUAAUAUUUGCCAAAUGCCAGAAGCUCUGUCACUUUUUUCUACGUCCAGGAAUGUUCCAUAAUCCUUUUCCCAAAGGUGAAACUGCCUUUGAUUAUUUACAGCUACCUAAACUAUGGUGUUAUAACCAGACUUCCAAACCAGUGACCUCAAGCUACUGCUUUAAUAGAUGAAGGAAAUUUAUUGCAGCAUGAUCAACACUAGGAAACUAGCUCUUAUCUCCCUGGAGGGCAUUGUGUUUGAACUUAGUAUGUCACUGACCCCAUUCUUGACCUAGUUUGGGCUAUAGAAGCUUUUGUCGUUUAAAAAAAAUUUCUUCUUUUACCGCCCCAAAUAGUGUCUCACACUAUGUUAGGAGCCCGGUCCUGACACAACUAGUUUUCUGGCUUGGCAUUCAUGAUUUAGUUGAGAAGGGAGACUUUUCAAUAUUAAUAUGUAAUAGUGAUAAUAGGGCUAAAAAACUGUGUCCAUGACAGUUGACGAAUACCUCCUGUUUUGCUUGAUUGUUCGUACUUGUUCUCUUCACUGUAUUAACUGGUCUAAGUGAUUUUUUGAAUCUAAUGAAAAUGCAUUGAAAUGUAAUAAAAUGCACUACACAUUA